AUGCCUUCAGCUACCGGCACCGCAACACAGACUCGCUCGGCAGGGCAACGCGGACGUAGGGGAAGGGGCCGUGGAGGAAACCGACGAGCUCCUCAAGACGCCGGCAAGGGGACCGUUGCCCAAAGGGCUCCAUCUGAGGAGGCCGCAUCGCCGGUCAAGGUAGCAGACAAUAGCGACAAGAGCGCAGAAGCAGUUGACCAGGUUGACGAUGCUGUGGUAUGCUGGAUUUGCGCCGAGCAGGUCAAGUACUGGUCCGUGUCCGAAUGCAACCACCGCACCUGUCAUGUAUGUGCCCUCCGUCUACGUGCGCUGUACAAAAAAUUGGAAUGCACUUUCUGCAAGGAGCCGCAGCUCUCGGUGAUCUUCACCACAUCGCCUGAUGCGCCGUGGGCAUCCUAUACCCCGGACCUGAUUCCUUUCAGGGACCCUAAGUUAUCCAUUUCAUUCGAGACACAGGAGAUGAUGGAAGAGACCCUCAUCCUCCUCCGAUUUAAUUGUCCUGAUCCAAGCUGUGAUUACGUCGGCAAUGGCUGGAGCGACCUUAGGCUGCAUGUGCGCGCUGUACACGGGAAGUUGAUGUGCGAUCUUUGCAUCCGACACAAGAAAAUCUUCUCGCAUGAGCAUGCUCUUUAUGCGCCAAACCAGCUUCCUAUUCAUGUUCCUUCAAUCUAUCGUGCCCAUGGUUCUUCCAGAAAAGACAAGGAACAAAUUGAGGGUGGUGUCCAUCCACUGUGCGAAUUUUGUCGCGAAUGCUACUUCAGUGACGACGAGUUAUACGCUCAUAUGCGGGAGAGACACGAGGAAUGUUUUGUUUGCAAGCGUAACGAAGUCACAGACCAGUACUUCCGCAAUUAUGAUGCCUUAGAGCAACACUUCAUGCAUGCUCACCAUCCAUGCACCCAGCCGCAAUGCCUGGCGCGCAAAUUCGUCGUCUUCGGUUCCGCGCUUGAUCUUAAGGCACACAUGGUCGAAGACCACGGCGCGGAGAUGUCUUCCCGCGAUAAGAGGGACGCGAUGCGAAUACAGGCGGACUUCGAAUAUGAGGAGGUCGCUGGCAGCAGGCGCGGGAGGAGAGGCGGGGGCGGUCGUGAGCGCGACAGAGAGCCUCCGCCGGCUCCUCUUCCGCCUAGUCCAUCGCGUCUGAACGCCGCUGGUGCUCGCAGGAGAGAAGCCUUCAGUGGUAACUUGACUGGCCAUGCAAAUGCAGCUUCCAAUAACGUCACGCCCAAUAUCAGCCGACCUCCCUCUCCACCGCGAAAUGACGGUGAGCCUACAACGGUUGAGAGGAACGCUGGGCUUGCCAGUCGCAUAAGCUCGCUGGCACCGAACUCUACAGCUGCUGUGACAGCUAUCCAAGCUGCUAUUCGUUCAUAUCGUGUCUCUGAAUCUGCUGCGCGUGACCUGAUUCUCACCGUGUGGAACAUCUUGGAUCACAAUCUUGAUGGGACUGCUAGUAUCAUCAAUUCCCUGGUGGAUCUUAUGGAUGAAGAAGAAAAGAAGAAAGAUCUAUUGUCCGCUUGGAACGGGUUCAAGAUUGAGCAACGCAGCCAAUUUCCCGAGCUCGUGCCCACCGCUAUUGGGACGGACUGGGCCGGUGUGACCAGCGGGCGCGUUCUGAAUGCAAAGCACUUAACUGUCUCCCGGUCGUCGUCGCAAUCGUCCAGACAAGUCUGGGAUCGUGUCGCGCGAGCGGCAGCAUCCUCGUCGACAUCAUCCUCAGCUUUCCCUCCACCGCGGCCACCGGAACGCUUCCCUCCACUCCAGUCCGCCAGCCCGUCUACCACGCCCUUCCGGCAGCCUCAGCGCACCACCCCAUGGGCAUCCUCAAGUUCAGCUGCGCCUCCUCCUGUUCGCGUGCCGAUGUCCGUGCCAGGCCCUGGUGCAAGCAGCAAACCAGCAGCCCCUGUGCUCUCGAAGUCUGCGUUCCCGGAGCUUCCCACCUUCACUUCUACGCGUGCUCCCAAGGGGGCCGUGAGUGGAAAUCAGUCAAUGAGACGCAUCUUGGGCGAUUCCACCCCAGCAACCUCCGCGUGGGGCAGCGGAAAGACAGCUGCAAAUGGAAUGAACGGGGGUACGCCGCCGAGCACUGCAGAGGAGCCUGAGGAAGAAGAGGUAGGAUCUCGAGAGCAGACUCCUGGGAAGAAGAAGGGGAAGGGGAAACAGAAGCAAACGUUGUUCACAUUUGGUUCAUUUCCUACAUGA